GUUACGCGUUAGGUACUAGAGGUGGCCAUGUUGUUAGAGGAUGCAGCUAGGUCCGACGCUGGUUCAUGGUGGGCCAACGGUGGAUCAAUCGUGGUGGCUAGAGAUUCCCGAGAAUGGUGACUUAGGCUGGGACGGUGGCGUUGGAAUUGUGGCGCCGAGGGAUCCGCUGUUGGCGAGUUAGUGGAUUUGUGAUUAAGUAGUGAUCGUGGUCAUGAGUUCUGCGUGUUUUGAUAAAAUGGUUUACGUGUUUGGGGCGGCUGGGCUAGCAUUGGCGUUUGGGAUUUUAGGAGAACCUUGAGUGGUUCUCUGCAGGCGGAGAUUUGGGAGGAUAGCUCCGACUUCUCCUUGUUGGUUGAGUUGGAGCCCAUUGUGGUUUCGACAGCAGAUAUAUCGAUUUUGAGUCACGCUGUAAUCGUGUGUCUUGAGAGGGUGGAAAGGUGGAUCCCGUGUUCAGCAAUUUGCUGUACGUCGCGGUUUGUUGGUUUCGGCACAUGCGGUCGUCUGUGUCUGCACUCAAGGGUUCCCUCGUGGGAUGGAAGUCCUGGAUGGCCGGGUUGCCCACAGUGCGCUACGAACACAGUUGUGUUGCCUUGGACCCGCUGAAUUUUGAUACUUAGUCUUUGAGCCGAUUAUAAGAUUUUAUCGGUGCGGUCGCGAAUCUAUCGAAGUUCGCAUCGUUUCCAGUAUACAGAUCUUGUACAAUGCGUUCUUUGUUUUUCUCUGUCUAACAGUAUUCUGCUUAGUUGUGGUGGUCAGUUCGUUGCAGGAAUUUUAUCCCAAAUUGGAAGAAAAAUAUUCACUCGUGUUUGAAUUAUAUUGUGGGGUUUUAGCACAUGGAUUCUGAACAAUAGAAUUUACACGCUUGGCAUUGGCGCGAGGGAAGAAGGCAGCGUUGGUGAGAAGGAACUUAGACGUUAGAUACGAUGGUGGAAUGUUUGGACAAAGAAAUCAACAGGGUGCAUGUCAAUGGGACGUCUCAUCAGACCCCUACCCCUAAGACAGUGGACGCUGAAGUGGAGCCUAGGAAGCGUUGCUUGUGGUUCGAAGAGGAGCUGGAAGAGGAUCUUCGCUGGGUGUUCGGCGUCUCCAAGAUUUUGCACACUGGAGUGAGUGAGUUUCAGAACAUCGAGUUGGUGGAAAGUGGGCCCUUCGGCAAGGUAUUGAUUUUGGAUGGCAAGCUUCAGAGCGCCGAGGCGGAUGAAUUCGUUUAUCAUGAAUCCAUUGUCCAUCCAGCUCUGCUUUAUCAUUCCAAUCCCAAGAGCGUCUUCAUAAUGGGAGGUGGCGAAGGUUCAACUGCGCGGGAGGCUCUUAGACACCGAAGUGUUGAGAGAGUCAUCAUGUGCGAUAUUGAUGAGGAAGUCGUGGAGUUCUGCCGGAAACAUCUCACUGUCAAUGGCGAAGCAUUUCGCAGCGACAGGCUUGAACUCAUUAUCAAUUGUGCCAGGGCAGAGCUGGUGAAAACAACGGAGAAGUUCGAUAUCUUAAUUGGUGACUUGGCAGAUCCAGUUGAAGGAGGCCCAUGUUAUAAGUUGUAUACUAAAUCAUUCUAUGAACGUGUCCUGAAGCCAAGAUUGAAGGAUGGUGGAAUUCUGGUCACACAAGGAGGACCUGCAGGUAUCCUAUCACAUACGGAAGUUUACUCUUCUAUUUAUAAUACUUUGAGAAAAACCUUCAAAUAUGUAAUACCAUAUGCAGCGCACGUGCCAUCGUAUGCUGAUACUUGGGGGUGGAUUAUGGCCUCAGACCAACCUUUCCCAAAAAUCAGUGCCGAGGAGACCGAUAGUAGAAUAAAGCAUCGUAUUGAUGGAGAACUCAAGUUCCUAGAUGGCGAAGCCUUAUUUGCCAGCAUUGCUCUCAACAAACAUGUUCGCAAGAGCCUUGCAGCAGAGCGACACGUGUAUACAGAGGAGUCGGCACGGUUCAUUCAUGGACAUGGUACUGCUUUGAAGAAUUGAUUAACCUUAUGAAGUGCACAGUUCUAGUUCAUAGUAGCAACUUUAUCUCAAUUACAAAUGUUGGUAAACUAGACUUGCUCGGUGCAAGUCAUAAAGCGCUUGCCAUGUUGCAACUUUCUUCCUGAAGUAGACUAAACAAACAUGCGUGUAGCUCUCGAUCUAGAACCUGUCCCGAGUGCUGACGAUAAUAUAUUUCAAACAUAGACUUCGAUUAACAGUCGUUGUCAAGCCAGCCUCAUGAGUUACGAAGAGAGGUAAAGAAUUUGUUCAGUACUGUCGAUAAUGUACCAGUAGUAGUUACCUAUGUUGCAUAGUUAACGUUCUGAAUUCUCACCAAGCCGUAACAGAAGGUGUAGCUUGAUCUCCCUGGUUCUCACUUCAAUGAAAACGUCAAAAUCUUGUUCACU